AACUCAAUUUUUCGAAUCUCUAAAAAAAAAAAGGAAUUUUCCGGCGUUUAAACCGAUACAGAAAAUCAAAUCUCCGGUGAUAAUGGGUUGCGUCUCAUCUAACCUCCUAAAUCACGACGAAGACUUCCCUCAAAUCGGCGGUGGCAGCUCCGCCUUCGGCCACCACAUCGUUAAACUUACCUCCACCACUUACGGUCUUCUCACUCUCGAUCCUCCUCCUUCUCCUCCUCCUUCCUCCGCCGCAUUCUCCUCCGAUAAUAUGCCUAUGACGCCGCCGGAGAAAUCUAAGUCAUUGUGGUCUGAGCCAAGACUAAUCAAGUCUGAGCCGGAGAUUAUUAACUCUUGGGAGCUAAUGUCAGGCCUCGACGGAGAGAGUUUCCGAUUCACACCACUACCGAAGACUCCGGUGAAGUAUAAAGUCUUCGGUGGUGAAAACAAAGAGAAUUCAGAUCCUAAUCGGAGAAACCCUAGAAAAAUCUUGAACGACGAGGUUUUGAAACCGCUAGAUCCGAACAGAGAUGAUUCGGAUCCUAAUUUGAGAAACCCUAGAAAAUCGUUUUUGAAACCGUUAGAUUUGAAAUUGGAUGAGAAAUUUGAGAGGAUUUGUCCUCCAGGAGGAGAGAAUCGUGUGGUGAUUUAUACGACGUCGUUGCGCGGUGUUCGUCGGACGUUUGAGGCGUGUAAUGCUGUGAGAGCGGCGGUGGAGAGUUUAGGUGUUGUGGUUUGUGAGAGAGAUGUGUCGAUGGAUAGAGGGUUUAGGGAAGAGCUUGUGAGUCUAAUGGCGAAGAGAGUUAGGGACGAUGGAGUGGCUGCAUUGCCGCCUCGUGUUUUUGUGAAGGGAAUGUAUAUUGGUGGAGUAGAGGAAGUGUUGAGACUAGUUGAGGAUGGUUCUUUCGGAGAACUGAUCCGUGGGAUACCGAGGAAGAAAGCGGAUGGUGCGUGUGAUGGAUGCGGCGGCUUGUUUUUCUUGCCGUGUUUUCGGUGUGAUGGAAGCUGUAAAAUGGUGAAAGGAUGGGGUAGUGCUGCCAUCGUUGUGCGAUGUUCGGAGUGUAACGAGAACGGUCUUGUUCCAUGUCCUAUUUGCAGCUGAGAGAUAGUUAGAAUUCUCUCUGAUUUCACUCUAUUUCCAUUUCUGUCUAUGUAAUGAAGCUAUUGGGGUGAAACAGAGCAAAUCUAUGUUUGUUUGAUCCAUUAUGUAUAAUUCAAUACAAAUGCUCUAUGUUC